CUUUUGGAUUCAGUCCUCACGGACGCGCAGGUGCCACUGCAUACCCAGCAACAACAUUCUUUCCAUACUUUUCAUCGCCAAUGGCGGUCAUCGAUAUCAGAAUCGUCGUGACGGUCGCCCAACUCGUUCUGCCAUCUCGCGCUUGGGUAAGUGACGCGGGUAAAAGGGCGCCUGAUAUGCAGCUGAUCCAGACGCGUGUCAUGGACCAGCAGGGCUCGUUGGUGCCACAAGACGGAUCCCUGGGCGGACAUGCCAUUGGCACGAAGCGCGCCAAGGUCGCUGGUUGUGUUGACAACGAUGAAGGCGCCGUCGAGCUUGCAGACAAUUAUUCUCGGGUGCAUGAUGUCAGUGGUUGUUCAGAUGUCGGCAUGUACUGUGCGGACGCGAACUUGUCGAGCAAGGUCCUGGCAUUAUGUUGUGCCACGUGCAGCCAGGGUCCCGAACCGGAGCCGAAGCCGGUCCAUUGCCAAGAUCACUCUGACUGCCAGGCCUCGGAAUUCUGCUACGAGGGUACGUGCGACAGUUGCAACCAGUGCCAGUUCUGCUCCGAUUGUGCGUACGUCGACGAGUGUGGGCACUGUGGGCCAGGGUUUCCGUCGCAAGAGACAAUUCCCUGCCACGCCCAUGACUACGUGGUCACUUUGGGGCCGCUUACGGUGACACACGCGUGGGCCAAUCUGUCUGCAGACGAGCAGCUUCAGUUUCUCGAGGUGAAGUUUGGUGAGCUCGACAAGGACAACUCAGCGACCCUGGACGUGGACGAGCUCGUUGGCACCCUCACCGCAAAGGACCUCGUCGCGCUCGAAGCUGCCACCGGCACCAUCAACGUCGGCCUGGACAGCGUGACCAUCCGCAGGGCUGGAGUCGAAGAGUUUGUGCAGAAGCACAGCGCCGCCGGCGCCGAGUUCCUGACCCUCGACGAGUGGCUCGGCACGGUGGCGCAGAACAGGUCGGAGGCCCGAGCCGCAUCCCAGAGGGCGCUGCGUGGGCCCACCUGCAGCUUCGAGAGUAUAGUGAGCCUCCCCAGCUCCUGCACGGAGACGCAGUGGGUGAACAAUUGCGGCAACUCCUGCAGCGAGAGUUGCACCACGUGCCGCAUGGCGCACCCGAAUGCGAGCUCCGCUGCCCGAGUGUACCAGAAUUCCACCUCCGCCGCGCUGGUGUCCCACGAUCUUGCCGUCGCGCGAGCGUCUCAGGAGCUGGAGUUCUGGGGCGGGAGGCGUCGACGUCGCUGGUUUAACGUCGUCAAGGACGUGGUAUCGACGGUCGUUGACGUGGUGGUGUGCGCGGUGAGCUGCGUCACAAACUGCGUGUGGUCGUGCUUCACUGAAGCAGUGGAGUAUGUGUACACUUGUGUGGUCGACACUGUCGUGAAUGUGCUCAUGAGCUUCGGAGAGUGUCUGUCAAUGGUGGUUGACGCCGUCAACGACGCGGUUGGUGACAUGUGCGGCUUCGAUCUCAUCCCGACAAGCUGCUCUGGCGUCUUCGAUUGCAUUUCGGAGGGCGUCAGCAACGCUCUCUCAUUCUUUGAGUGUGGUUUCACAAUUCUCUUAGAUAUACUCGAGAACAUGGUCAUGGCAAACCUUCGAUGUCUGCCGAACAUCGCCGACGGCAUCAGGGCGGCCCUGUUUCCUCCCGAAGCUAUCAUUGCUACUACGGUUUUUGAGGCUCUGUGGGACUUCGGUGAGAGGGUCGUGAACGGGAUCUACGAAGAGGCCUCGAACGUGAACAUCGACUUCUGCUGGAACUCGGCCCCCACGGCCGAAUUCACUGACUGCGGCGCCUUCGACUUCGUGAGCAGCAUGACCAUAUGGGACGUGCUCGACAUUUUCGGGAUGGCCAAGCGUUUCGCGGACACUGUGGCGAAGUUUACCAAUUGCCUUACGAAGACUACGAGCCUCCCUGGGCUUUCCUUCGGCAUUCCUACGCCCUUCCUGAACGUGGAUUGGACUGGAGGCUCGUGGUGUGCCCCGAGCUUUGUUCAAACCGCGGCCAAGGGAGUCAUUGGCGUGUUCAAGUACAUAGCUUCAGGGCGGAUGCUCGAUGACCUCAUCAUUGUAGGUGACAACCUCCUCACCAAUCUUCAGACGAGGCUGGAAGCAGUGUUCUGUGACGAAGGCGACUUUACCGUCACACUGGGUGUCGAUCUCCAGUUCGGAUACGCCGUGCUCGGCAUCAAGGCUCAGGCUGGAUGCCUCAGUGGCAGGUUCGCCGCCAAGAUUGUCGGUUUUGCCACGGGCAGGAUUUCUAUCUUCGGCUCGCCGUACACAUGGGAGCCAGCUGCCUCCGCGUUCUUCAGCAUCGGCUGUACGGCAGGGCCCUCGAGCUCGGAGUGGUCGUACUGGGAGUCUGCUCUGGUCGGCAUCCUGGCGUUUGACAUUUUCUCGGGGGCGGUGGCGCUGCCUCUCUAUCCGACCCCGAAGCUCGAGUUUGGCUACAGCUUCAGUCUGAAGCUCUGGCCCCAGCCUGCCCCGCCCCCCCGCCUGUCGGGGGGGGAGUUCAAUGAGGCGUCGCUGCUGCCGGCGCUGCGCCUCCUCUCAGGGGCCACCUCUGACCCCAGCUUCGGCGAUGACGUCAAGAACAGGUUCCCGGAUCCCAAGCCUGUCCUCGAGGGGGCCCGCAACGGGUCGCUUCAGAGAGCCAACGUGAACAAGAGUGCUGGAGAAUUAGCCGGCAGGAUCGCCAUCACUGUGACGAAGAAUUUCUGCUUCACUUGCGACGAUUUCGGGUCGGAGCCUGCCUGGGUCACGGGCCUCUCCAACAUGGCCCAGCAGUUCACUUGUGCCGUGAGUCAGGCGGUGGCGGGAGCCUCCUGGGGAGCGCUGAGCCUCGCUCAAUGCUUCGCCAGGGUGGCAGACUGGGAGGCGGCCGGGAACUACUGCGAGUACUUGUACUCCGACUCGACGGACGACGGCGGCGUGGGGAGCACGUGCGCCUGCAUGCCGCCCAAUGCGAUGUCUGCCGGGAUCUGCCAUGCCUCGACCGGAAGGGGCAGUGAGGGGUCGGCGGCGUUCGUGAUGUACCGGCAUCAGAGGUUGACCUGCGAGACAGGCAGCGGAGCGGCCUGCAAGACUUGUGUCACGCCGCAGUCGCGAGUGGUGAGAGACCAGUGUGAGACCUGCAACGACGGCCACCUGCUGGUCGGCUACAAGUGCUCGGCCUUCACGCCGUCUCCGACGCCAAACCCGACGACGUAUCCGACGCCGAGCCCGACGCGGAACCCGACGCCGAGCCCGACGCCACUGCCACCCGGCGCCACGCACUCUCCGACGCCAAGCCCGACGCCCCACCCGACGUUGUAUCCGACGCCAAGCCCGACGUCGCGGCCGACUCCGCCUCCGACGCCGAGCCCGACGCCGAUGCCGACCGAAACCUGCGUGGACGUCCCGGGCUGGGCGAGCAAGGACGGCACGCCCUGCUCCUGGUACAACGCGAAUAACCGCUGCACCACGUCUGGAGGCUAUGGAUCCGGAUGGUCGUCUUCGUGGGGCGUCUUUUCAGAUUGGUCGAACGAUGGAUAUGACGGCUCGACGGCGUGCUGCGGUUGCGGCGGGGGCACGUCGCCGAGUCGGUGCCAGUACAUCGAGGUCGUUGCAGGGACAGCUGGGCACGUACAAUUGCCAUACAGCUCGGGCAUUCGAUCAUUGUCAAUGUGGAUUGCACCGUACAAGGACGGGGGCUAUCAUUGGGAGUACGUGUUUGACGCACGUACUGGACUUGGGGCGGGAUGGUUCUCCUUUCUGGACUGGGCUUCCGGAUCUGGCGCACCGCAAAUCCACAAGGGCGGCAAUUGGCGUGACACCAUAUACGUCAAUGGGGUUGCCACCAACACUGCUGGCUUCAUAUCUGCUGUCAACUCUGCCACCACCACCUCCGCCCCGUGGGUUCACCUGUACGUCGGCUCAGACACCACGUUCAAUGAUGACAUAACCGUGUUCGCCCGAUACUCAAGCAAUGAAAAUUUGCCUGGAAGGAUCUAUUCCGUGGAUCUUUGGCCAUAUGAGCUGUCUGCGUCCGACAUUCAGAACACAAUGAACGGACAGGCGACAUCAGUUUCUCCCGUGGCCUCGUACUCCGCGGCAGCCAUGAGAUCGUACACGACCGGGACCGCGUAUCUCAAGGCCAACGAGGCCGGUACGACGCAGUGUCCGCCAAUGCCGACGCCAAGCCCGACGUGGUAUCCCACGGCAAACCCAACGUGGGAACCCACGCCAAGCCCGACGACGCCGUAUCCCACGCCAAGCCCGACCCCAAACCCGACGCAUGUGCCGACUCCAAGCCCGACGCCAAACCCGACGCCGUUUCCGACGCCAGACCCGACGCCAAGCCCGACGGCAAGCCCGACGCCGCUUCCGACGGCUAGCCCGACGCCAAGCCCGACCGCAAACCCGACGACAAGCCCGACGCGGAGCCCGACGUCUGCGCCCACAUACCCACCCCUUGGGGACACGCUGGCAUCGGGAACUUGCAGCUGCUCCACCCCCCCCUGCGGCUGCAACUGUUGGGAUUGCACAGAGGCGCGUCAAGCCGCUGGAUGCUGCAGCUGCGGGGCCUCUGGGAGUUGCGGAUACAGCGACACGAUGUCUUUGUGCGACGGGUGUGUGGGCUGUUGGCACAAAGGCAAAUGUGGUUGCAGUAGCGAUUCGGUCACUUGGCCAUACUAUGAGGCUUUUGCUCUCGAUUGCUCGAGCGGCAGCUACCUGUCCUCUACAGCAGUGCCGCCGACGCCAAGUCCGACCCCAAGCCCGACGCCAAGCCCGACGCCACUGCCGCCCGACUUCACUUUUUCUCCAACGCCAAGCCCGACGCUAAGCCCGACAGCUAGCCCGACACCGUCUCCGACGUUGUCAGAAGCGCAGGCCACUUGCGGCUGUUCGAGCCCACCGUGUGGUUGCAACUGUUGGGAUUGCACAGAAGCGCGUAAAGCUGCUGGAUGCUGCAGCUGCGAUGAUGGUUGCGGUUUCUUCGAUCUCCCAAAUUCUACAUGCGACGGUUGCAUGGGUUGUUGGCACGGCGGCAAGUGUGGCUGCAGUACAGACUCGUCUACUUGGUUCUUCUAUCGGGCCUUUGGUCUCACUUGCUCAAAUGAAACCGGCAGCUACUUGUCGCACUAUGCAAAGCUAACGGGCGAGUACACCGCAUGGGAAAUUCUGCCAGACGGUGUGACCGCGGCCGACCUCAUGAAUUCCACCACCUACGUGACCGCCAAACAGACAGGUUUGGCUGCUGGCCUGAACAUGUCCGCUUCUGACGUUACCAUCACGGGCUUCACCAUCGGGGACGCCCACCGGCUCGCCGCUGCCCACCGGCUCGCCGCUGCUGCCCGCCAGCUCUCGCAACACGUCAGUGUGACGACGGCCUUCACUGUGAACAUCGUCGGCAGCAACAGCGCCGAUUCCCUCUCCGCCCUGAUCGCGAACGCCUCCGAAGCCGUCGGGAACGCCACGAACGAUGCCAUGGCCGCCGCGGACUGGAGCGCCGAGCCGGUCCUCACCGCGGCUCCCACGCUGGAGCCUCCCGCCAUGGGCGCGGCAGCCUCGACCGCGGGAGUCACCCAGGCUCCCACGCCGGUGCCCGUGGUCAUCGGGGCCAGCAUGGGGGCUGUCGCGGCGACUGGCGACCCGCACCUGCAGAACGUCUAUGGCGAGCGCUUCGACCUCAUGCAGGCUGGCAGGCACGUCCUGGUCCAGAUCCCGAGGGGCGCGCUCGCCGAGGGCACCCUGCUGCGCGUCGACGCGGGCGCGGAGAGGCUCGGCGAGGCGUGCGGGGACAUGUACUUCCAGGAGGUGAACGUCACCGGGAGGUGGGUCCAGGCGAAGCACGCUGGCGGCCUGCGGUACCGCGCGGCGGAGGUCGCCCCGAAGGACCCCAAGUGGGCCACGUUCGGGAGGGUCGACCUGAAGGUCGGGCACGGGCACACGGGGCAGGGCAUCCGCUACCUCAACGUCUACGUCAAGCACCUGAACCGCGCCGGGUUCUCGGUCGGAGGGCUGCUGGGCGAGGACGACCACAGCGAGGAAGAGACUGCUCCCACGGGUUGCAGGCGUAAGCGGUUCAGUAUUUAAGAUAGACUUUAGCUCACGGCGCCGUCACCGCUAAGUUCCAAGACCCUCUUUGGAAUCAGCCACGUCGCAUUUCUCACAGACCCGGCCAGCGGGGGGCCACA